AUGGCUAAGCAUGGAGCUCUCCUGUUUUCUUAUGCUUUCUCCAUUCUCGUUUUCACUACGAGCUUAUCGUGCAAAGCCAUUGAUUCGGAAGAUAGAAAGACAUAUAUUGUGUACCUGGGGUCACUUCCUCAUGAUGAGGUGUUCUCCCCAUUGUCUAACCAAAUUGGUAUACUAGAAAGAGUCGUACAAAAAACUUCUGCCGCAAAUUUCUUGCUCACAAGCUACAAAAGGAGCUUCAAUGGAUUUGCUGCCAAGCUCACUGAGCAAGAAAGAGAAAGGCUUGCUGGCAUGAAGGAAGUUGUCUCUGUCUUUCCAAGCAGAACAUUCCAACUUCAAACAACAAGAUCUUGGGACUUUCUUGGUCUCAAUCAGACAACCAAACGAAACGCUACUGUCGAGAGUAAUACUAUUAUUGGUGUGAUUGACAGUGGAAUCUCGCCUGACUCAGAGAGCUUUAAUGAUGAAGGUUUUGGUCCAGCUCCCAAGAAGUGGAAAGGUGUUUGUAAAGGUGGCCAAAAUUUCACUUGCAACAACAAGAUCAUUGGAGCUCGGUAUUACACUGAUGAUGGCGCAAGUGAUGCUGUUGGUCAUGGAACUCACACUGCCUCAACCGCUGCAGGAAAUCCCGUAAAGGAUGUGAGCUUUUAUGGACUAGCACAAGGUACAGCAAGAGGUGGAGUUCCCUCGGCGAGAAUUGCUGCAUAUAAAGUCUGCAGUGUUUCAGGUUGCCCUACAGAGGCGAUAUUGCAGGGUUUUGAUGAUGCUAUUGCCGAUGGAGUUGACAUCAUUACAAUUUCAAUUGGAGCCGAAAGUUCAGCUCCUUUCCAGCAGGAUCCUAUAGCAAUCGGUGCUUUUCAUGCAAUGGAGAAAGGUAUACUAACCUUACAAUCUGCAGGCAACAGUGGUCCUGAAGCAGGCAGCGUAUCAAGUGUGGCACCAUGGACGCUCACGGUUGCAGCGAGUAGCACAGAUCGUCGAAUCAUUGACAAGAUUGUUCUUGGAAAUGGAAAGACAAUUGUUGGGAGUUCAGUAAACUCUUUCAAGUUAAAUGGAACAAAUUUUCCGUUGGUAUAUGGAAAAGAUGCUUCAAGUCAAUGCGUUGACUCCGAUGCAAGGCAAUGUGUAGCCGGUUGCCUAGACGCCGAUUUAGUUAAGGGAAAGAUUGUGCUAUGUGAUCAGGCUGGUGGCAAUACUGAGGCUCAUCAAGCUGGUGCACUAGGUUCAAUUUUGAACACUUCCAAACCUGAUGUUGCUUUUGUUGUCCCACUACCUGCAUCUGGUUUAGGCAGCCAAGACUAUGAUGUGGUCAAGUCCUACCUCAAAUCCACCAAACGUCCUCGAGCCAACAUACUAAAAAGUGAAGCCAUAAAAGAUGAUGGUGCACCUGUUGUUGCUUCCUUCUCUUCACGCGGACCUAAUCAAAUUGUACCUGAAAUUAUUAAGCCCGAUAUAAGUGCCCCAGGGAUAGAUAUUUUGGCUGCGUAUUCGACUCUUGCUCCUAUCACAGGUAGCACUGAAGACAAAAGGCGUGUAAAAUACAGUAUACUAUCUGGAACCUCCAUGUCUUGCCCGCAUGUUGCUGGUGUAGCUGCAUAUAUUAAGACAUUCCACCCUGACUGGUCUCCAGCAGCCAUCAAAUCAUCCAUCAUGACUACUGCUUGGCCCGUGAAUGAUACCAAAACUUCCCCUGCUGAAUUUGCUUAUGGAUCUGGACAUAUCAAUCCUCUAAAGGCUAUUAACCCCGGCCUUGUGUUUGAAGCUUCUAAAGAGGAUUACAUUAAGUUUCUCUGCUCGGUCUUGGAUGAGGGGAGCGUUAGACUUAUAUCCGGAGAUAGCAGCUCUUGCCCUGCAGGGUCCGCCAAAGUAUUGCCAAAGGAUCUCAAUUACCCUUCACUGGCAGCCAAUGUUAAUUCAAGCACUUCAUUUACGAUCAAUUUUCUUAGAACAGUUAAAAAUGUUGGCCUUCCAAACUCCACUUACAAGGCAAAUAUCCUCUCAAGUUCCGAAGUUGACAUCAAAGUUGAGCCUGAUGUUCUUUCCUUCAAGUCCUUGAAUGAGGAGAAGACCUUCGAUGUGACCGUGGUUGGAAGAGGCAUACCGGAAGGAUCACAUGUAUCUGCGUCGCUGGUCUGGACGGAUGGUACUCAUAGCGUUAGAAGUCCAAUUCUUGUAGCAGCAUAG